CCCGCGCCGUCCCUGUCCAGGCCCAGGCCGGCGCCAGCGCCCACGCGGGAGCUCGGCCAGCACGGGAAGCCCAGGGGCAAAGGACGAGGCUGCACGCGGAGCACGGGCCGCGGUCCCGACGAGCCGCGGCCGGUCACCGUGGACAGCUCCAAGGCUAGGACCUCGCUGGAAGCCCUGAAGAUCAGCAUCCGCCAGCUCAAGUGGAAGGAGUUCCCAUUUGGCCGACGCUUGCCUUGUGACAUCUAUUGGCACGGAGUUUCAUUUCACGACAAUGACAUAUUCUCCGGUCAAGUGAACAAGUUUCCAGGCAUGACGGAGAUGGUGCGUAAAAUUACCCUGAGCAGAGCAGUGAGAAUCAUGCAGAAUCUCUUUCCUGAGGAGUACAACUUCUACCCUCGCUCGUGGAUUCUGCCUGACGAGUUCCAGCUCUUUGUGGCUCAGGUUCAAAUGGUGAAAGAUGGUGACCCCUCCUGGAAGCCCACUUUUAUUGUGAAACCUGAUGGUGGUUGUCAGGGUGACGGAAUCUACCUCAUUAAAGAUCCCAGUGACAUCCGGUUGGCUGGGACCCUCCAGAGCAGGCCAGCAGUGGUCCAGGAAUACAUCUGCAAACCUCUCCUCAUCGACAAGCUCAAGUUUGAUAUUCGUCUGUAUGUCUUGCUCAAGUCCUUAGACCCCUUAGAGAUUUACAUAGCCAAAGAUGGACUUUCUAGAUUUUGUACCGAGCCAUAUCAGGAGCCCAGUCCCCAAAAUCUACACCGUGUCUUCAUGCACUUAACCAACUAUUCACUGAAUAUUCACAGCAGCAACUUUGUCCAUUCAGACAAUGCUAGCACAGGCAGCAAAAGGACGUUUUCCAGCAUUCUUUGUAGGCUGUCUUCCAAAGGUGUUGACAUCAAGAAGGUCUGGUCUGACAUCAUCUCUUUGGUGAUUAAGACUGUCAUCGCCCUGACUCCAGAGCUCAAAGUGUUCUACCAGUCAGACAUCCCCACAGGGAGGCCGGGACCCACCUGCUUCCAGAUUUUAGGUUUUGACAUUCUUCUGAUGAAAAAUCUGAAGCCUAUGCUACUGGAAGUUAAUGCAAAUCCCAGCAUGAGAAUCGAACAUGAACAUGAACUCUCUCCAGGGGUGUUUGAAAAUGUCCCCAGCCUGGUCGAUGAAGAGGUGAAAGUGGCCGUGAUCCGAGACACACUGCGUCUCAUGGACCCACUGAAGAAGAAGAAGGAGACCCAGUCUCAGCAGCUUGAGAAAGCAUCAGCCGGGAAGGAAGACCCUCUGGACAGUGAGCAGGCUGCCGCCCCUGACACCAACCCCGAAGCCCACCUGCCCUCCAUUUGCCUCAAGCAGGUGUUCCCCAAGUAUGCAAAACAGUUCAACUACCUGCGCCUGGUGGACAGGAUGGCAAAUUUGUUUAUCCGGUUCCUGGGAAUCAAGGGGACGAUGAAGUUGGGACCAACCGGCUUUCGUACCUUCAUAAGGAACUGCAAGCUCAGCAGCAGCAGCUUGUCCAUGGCAGCCGUGGAUAUUCUGUACAUCGACAUCACACGGAGGUGGAACUCCAUGACCCUGGACCAGCGGGACUCAGGGAUGUGUUUGCAGGCCUUCAUCGAAGCCUUCUUUUUCCUGGCCCAGAGAAAGUUCAAGAUGCUGCCACUGCAUGAGCAGGUGGCCUCGCUGAUCGACCUAUGCGAAUACCACCUGUCCCUGCUGGACGAAAAGCGCCUGGUGUACGGCCGGAUCAGCACAGUGAGGGGCCGGUCCCCCCACAGAAUCUCCCACCAGGACACCUGUCCCCUACCCCGUGCCAAUGGUGCUGAGUUCUCCCAUCCCAGACCCACUCUCUCCUGAAGGCCACUCUGUCCUCCCAGAAGAAGACGGUGCCCUUCAGGGCCGAGGACAGCGCUGGGCUUCUGCCCGUAGAGGGACGACAGGUAUGCUGCCAGGAUCCCCGUCUGCGACUCCUGUUCAUUUGCCUCUGUGUUCUGCUGAGCUCCCGCUUCGCAAGGCUGAUUCUUGCCGCCUUCCUCCUGGCACUUCUUGGUGACACACCCUGUUUGCCAGUCAGCAGUGGACAUUUGACAUCUGAAAUGUGACAGAUGGCACCUUCUAUUCUGGGCUCGCAGGAAGCACUAACUAGGGCAAAUCUGUUGUGUUUGGGGUGAAGAGGCACAAACAACCCCAAAACCGAGUGCUUUGGAGAGGAAGCUGAGCCCUGGAUCUGCUGAGGCCUCUGAGAGCUGCUGGUUAAAGCCCACCGGCAUCACGUUCAUUUCCUACCCCCCAAAAUGAAGUGGAAAUACCAAGUAGGCAGAUGCGAACCCCCCAGCCCCACCCCCACCCGAUCAUGUGCUACACUGGUGUAGUCAACAGAUUAGCCUCGUUUAUUUCACUAGCUCACCUGUUGCUGCAAUGUUUGGUUUGUUACUAAUUAAGAUAUAAUUAAGAUACAACUAAGUUAGACCCCUACGGCCUGAGAGCUGGCAGGAGCCGGAGUGGUCAUCUUGUUUGACUCUGACCCCAAAGCAGGGAUCCCAUUAUCAGCUAUCUAUGGUCCAGAGGAUGGACCCCUGAGUGGACCCCUGCAAGGGUGGAGCUCUGACUAAAUGGUCAAGAGGCCCUGUGUGCCCAGCAUUGUGUUGGGGGCCCUGGGGGAGGGGACAUGCCUUCGGCCAGGAGUUGAGGGCCCAAAAAGAACCAGGGCGAGCGGAAGGAUGCUUGUUGAAAGUAUGGAGGCCUGGGCCAGAGCAAUCGGUGCUCCCCAGGGCUCCUCUGGGAGAAGCAGAGUGUGAAGACCCUGACACUGCUCUUCAUGCCACCCGGACAGCACACAAGGAUUUCACCAUGAAAGGCCCAGGGGACGUGCCAGGAGGUUUGCCAGCAGCUGGGAGCUGAGGAGUCUUUCCUCCCCGGACACUGCUUCUUGAAGUGGCUCUGUAGAAAGUGCUUACUUGCCAAAAUGGAAGACAGUCUUCGGGCCUGAACCCCCACCAAGCACACUGGACUGGGGAGAGGGGAGGAUCAAGAGGUUGAAUUCCAGCCACAUUUUUGGAGUGAUAUAAAAAUGUCGCCACUCAUGGCGAGCAAUGUCCUCUCCACUCUGCGCCUGUCAUCUGGAGGCAGAUCACUGUCAGUUAUGGGGCCCUCUGUCCUGGAUCACACCCUUUCCCUGUGGACAGAGCCGUGGGGGAGCCCCACACCUGAGAGAACACAGCCUCCGAAGUGAUUAUCAGAGACACGAGGCUGCCGUCGGAGGAGGGGCUCAUCAGGGACAAGCUGGGUCCCUUCUCCCCAGUACUGCUGGUCAGAGAACUUCAAGGCGUCUUCACUCUCAGAUCUCUAGGAGACUCCUCCCACCCCCUCAGUUCCCAGGAGCAGUCCCAUCGUGUCUGUCCCCCUUGGUAACCAGCCACCCGUUUGCAGGGUGUGAUUGAAAUGAGACAAAAGCAGAUGGGUCCUUCUUCCUGGCAGAGGGGAGACAGCCAGGGAGACCGGCUGGCUCAGAGGCCUCUCUGUGUUAGAACUCAGGGUCCCUGUGCUUGACUGUGACACGAGCCCAUCUCUUGGAAGGUCCCUUCGGACCCAUCCCAGCCUCUUCUCUCCCCCACCUUGCCUGCCCUUCAUCCCCCUCCUGCUCAUGCCAUGCUGACCCUUGAACUGGCCCACGAACUGAGUUCCCAGAGGGCUGGGGGGUGGAGAGAGUGUGUAAGAUCAGGCUCAGUGGGGGCUGCAUUUGGGGUGUGGUCCCCCAGCACGAUAAGUCAGUGGGUAACCCCAGGAAGACAGCUUCAGCCCGAGAACUGAUCCACCCAACUGGGCCCUGCCCACUUUUUCCCAUGGGCCACUCUGGCUGUGCCCAGCGAGCUUCCUCAUACCCUCACGCUGCCCUUGCCUGCUGCCUUCUUCCAGCACCCCAGGGGACUAGACUCGGCUUUGCUGCCCUUCAAGGGGAGCAUUGCUCCCACUCACCUGGCCAGAGGGCCCCCUGCAGUGCAUGCUGCAGAAAAGCACGAGGUCCCUGGGCGCUGUCAGUGUGGGUCUUAACAGGCCUGUCCUCACGGGAGGAGGCAGGGCCUGCUGGAGACCGAGUCUCAACUCCCAAGCGGGCCUCCGUGGCUCCUCUGGUUUCUCCUCCAGAACUGAUUCCACAGCGUCCGUACUCCUCUGCUCUGCCUCCUACUCCGACCCCUACACCCAUGUCAGCCGGGAGGGAACUGGAGAGCCCUGGAGUGGACACAACGAAGGCUGCCUUCAGCCAGACGUAAUCAUAAUCAAGUCCCUCUCUUUCCACACCUGGACCCCACCCUUCCUGGGCGUGUCUCCAGCAAGACUCUCGGGGCUCUUUCAAUCUCUCUGUCAUCGGACAGGAAGACAAUGUGCCAUUUCCUGCCCAGCGGGAGGUCACCAGCGGGGGCCUGCUCUGUGACCUCCACCCCUCUACCCUUGCUGCUCCCCCUGGACAGCACAAACCUAUGCCUCCCUCAAGGUCCAGCUCAGCUGCCUGCUGCAGCCCAGCACAGAAUGAACGGCCCCCUCCGUGCAGACUUCCUUUGCCUCCCCGUGGGACCACAGCAUUCGCUCCCGCCCAGCCGUGACUUCUUUCAGGGCCAGGCCUAUGUGGGACCCGUGUCACCCCAAAGUGAAGAGCAGGGGCCACCAGGUGCUUACUGAGGUCAGAAGGUGUCGAGCAGUGCUGGUGAGGGGCCAGCGUCCCCACGCCCUUGCUCCUGGUGGCCGGCAGAUGCCCUUGAGGACUGUGCGUUCUAGGCCUUGCCCAGCCAAUUCUCCAGUCACCUCCGGAUUCCAGCCCGGCUCAUUCUCUGUUCAGUCACAGUGGCCAUCCCAUGAUAGAGCCACUCCACCCCAGUGACAAUGGCUUUUCCCACACUAGGAACCUCUCUCUGGCCAAGCUGCAGGUGCCCAGGCACAGGUCUUGGCUGUGUCCCCUAGGCAAUGUUCUUUCUCUUAUUCCUGGGGCCUGAGGAGGACCCCCAGCUGAUGGUUCCCACACUGUCCAGUGGGGCACACAGCCUGUCCCUCGCGCACUGUACAUCAGCAACCCAGACUGUCGGGUGCUUCGCUCAGAGAAGGUCGUCCCGCUGUGGCUGCGGGCAGUCAGGGAGAGGCACUGGGUGAGACUGGGAAGGAAUCAACAUUCCUAGAAGGAAUUCCCUUACUAUGUGAAUUUAACAACCCAUGCUCGGUGCUUCACAGUUUACAAAGUACUUUUAAGUUUGUUUUCUCAUCUUGAUCCUCCCAACCACCUACUGAAGGCUGAGGGUGAUCAUCGCUGUCUUUUCUUCUGCUCAGGAGGUUGCACGGCUCGUCCUAGGGGUCUUGGUUGAUGAAGGGCAAAGCCAGGAUUCUCACCGAGCCCCUGGCUCCAGACCCCUCUGCUCUUUCCUCUGCAUCCUCGUGGGUCUUGGCCCCGUUCUACAGACAUGGGCCCUGGAGGCUGCUCUUCUGCCACUGAGCACCCCAGGAAAGCUCUGCAGGCCAUGUAGAUUGUAAGGGUUCCAGUCCUCAGCCACACAAACGGGGGUGAUUUCUUCCCUCCAUUAAUCUUAGGAACAUUAGGCGAGGCCAUAGGAAGCAUAAUAAAUGUGCAAGUGUUUCGUAAACCAAAGUGCUGCUGAGCUAUAGUGUUACCUUCAGAGGAGUUUCGGGUGUCCUACAAAGUGCAAAGGGAUGACGGUAAAGCUCUCUUGAAUAAUUUUGUCUGCCAAGACAAAUGAAGCCAAAUGAAGCCUCUCCCUCCCGCCUCCUUUUCAGCCUCACUUAUUUAAAGACAUUCGCAGGCUGAAAAAUGGUCCCUGCCCGCUCCUCCGACGUCUGGAAUUUGCCUUGUGAUUGGCAGUGUUACUCCAAAAUAGCUUGACUUUUUUUUCUUUCAUUUUUUGAUUAAUGUCCUAUGCUCCGCGGCCCUAUAACUGAAAACUGGGCUUGCCACAUUCAGUGUCUGAGCACCUUCUCUGAAGCUCAGAAAUGAUAGACGCUCCCUUCGGGGAGUUGCUCCCAGCAGCUGAGGAAGCUGUCCCUGCUCGGCAAGGGGAUUCACCACAGAACAAACUAACCUAAAAUCCGCCUUGCCUCCUGAAUAUUUCUGCCAGUCUCCUAUUUGGCUUAAUGAAUGCAAGAUCGAUUUUUCCCACAUGGUGUAUGAAUUUCUCCCUCACAAAGUAAAUCCAAUUUUUUGUUUUUGUUUUGUUUCAUUUUGUUUUUCUUUUCCAGGACACAAAGGAGCCCUUCUGAAUAGUCAGCAAAUCCCAUUGCUUUCGUCUCUUAUAACCCAAAGUCUUGAUCUUUGUAUUGCUUAGAAAAACCAUGCAGCAGAAUGCACAUACUUAUCGCACAUGUGUGCCCAUACACGGAACGCCCCUGAGCACUGGUAUAAGAUGAUAAGAUCCUUAAUGCUUCCCUCAUUUCUGGCAGUUUGCUUCUGAGUCUCAUUCAGAGAGCAGAGGAAGAAGGGCUCUUUGCAGCCCUGUGGCACAACCUGCUCAACAGGAGGCUCCUGGGAAACGUUGCCUCCAACUGGAAGCACGCCUUUGCUCGGGUUCCAACCCAGACUGUCGUCCUGGGCUGCAGGACCUUGCUGCUCACUCAGCUCUCUGGGGCCCAGCCCAGGCUGCCUGGAUAUUUUCCCUGCAGAAUAUCUUGCAUGAGAAUGGGGAAUCCCAGAGUAGCUCCAGGCGGUUCUGGAAAGACCUAUGGCUUUGAAACCAGACCUGAGUCUGGAUUUUGCUCUAUGUGACCACGCACCAGUGAUUUCUCUCUGACCCUAUUCCUCGCCUGUGAAGUGGAAAUCACGUCACGAUGGAUGCAAAGAGCCUGGCACAGGGCUUGGCACCUGGGAGGUGUCUUCAUAAAUGUCGGUUGAGACGAGGCAUAGUCUCCAUAUGCUGAAACUGUCACAUGCCAAGGAACACUGCUGCCACCUCGUCGGCCCUGGCAGAGGCUCCGGGAGGUCUGGUAAGACCCCCACAGGCCCCAGCCUCCCUCUUCGUGUGCCCAGCACUGCCUUUAAGAAGCUGCAGCUCCUGCCUCUUAGAAGCCUUUAAAAAUUCUUUAUUAAAUUUUCAUGGCACAUGAAGUCAAGGUUCUGUUCCUUGGCCUCAGUUGUCUUGGUAACUUCUUAAAACGCAAUAAUAAAACAAAGCUGAGCAUUGCUAACCACAGGCUCAUUGUACAACAG